UCAUUUCGGAGACAAAUUCUAAGAAGUUGUAGAGCCGUCAACAAAGAUGCAGUGGAAUUUAUUUUUUGUUGUGGCGCUAUUUGGGGUUUGCGUACUGGGGCAAGAUAGCUCAAACGGUACCGACGCUGAAAACAGUACCCAAGUCUAUAACGAAGAAGAUGAGUACACCUACCCAUGCGAAGACACAAGCGACAUUGUGUGCGUCAGAUCUUUCUUCAUGAGUUUCUUUCAGUGCAUCGCUGCUAGGUUUGACGACCGCCAACCAAUAUACAGGGUGUCACAAACCGUGCAUAUACCUAUUGCCAACGUCACUAUCAACACCCAUAAAGACGUCAUCACGUUCAAUGGGUCAAAAGUUGAAAAAUUAUACUACAACCCGGUAACGAGCAGCGUCGUGAUGACUGUGUCUUUCAAAACCCUCAAAAUAGAAACAGGAACGGCAUAUUACAGUAUCAGUCAAGUUGGAAAGGUGCCGGUGACCGCUGAGGACACUGUCACCGUCAAUUACGAAAAUGUUUGGCUUACUGCGGUCAUCGCCCUGAGCAACAAACUUGACAUGAGGAACGCUAAAGUGUCUGCUUACAACUACAACGCCCGCCCAUCUUUCUCUAUGGGCCCAGAACUCGGAAAUAGCUCAAAUCCCGUAGUUCAAAGUGCGAUUCAAGCCAUACAUGACAAUCUACCAACGGCGGUCCAGGAGAUAUUCCUCACAGAAGCCUACAGUUACUUCAUAGCAUACAUGCAAAGCCACAUAUGCUAUUACGGAAUCCUGCUCUCUGGAUAAAAUCCUCAAGAGAA